AUGGCAGAUGUUAACAAGCUGGUCUUUGCAAUUCUGAGGUUUUUUGAAGACCAGAAGUCAUCGGGCCAGUUUGAUGACGAAGCUUUAGAGAGUUUAGAGGUUGCCAUACAGUGCUUAGAACAAGUUUAUCAGGUAAAUACCAGCGAAGAGAAGUUUGUGAAGCAGUAUGCAGUCCCGCGGGGUCUUCUGGAUAUCUUCACUUCCCAUCUAAACCAGGCAGAAGCAGACUUCACGUCAUCUUUGUCGUUACAUGAAGCAACCCCAGAGCAGAAAGAGGAAGCAGAGAGACUUAAAAAUAAAGGAAAUGAUUUCAUGAAACAGGAGAGGUUUUCAGAAGCUCUCGAAAGUUAUUCACAAGCAAUAAGACUCGAUUCAAGAAAUGCUGUCUAUUUUUGCAACAGGGCAGCAGCCUACAGCCAACUAAAUAAGCACCAGCUGGCCAUUGAUGACUGCAACAGGGCCCUGGCCAUUGAUCCCUCCUACAGCAAAGCUUACGGUCGAAUGGGCAUUGCCUUCACCGCGCAGGAGAACCAUGAAAGUGCAUAUGAAUGUUAUCGCAAGGCUCUAGAGCUGGACCCUGAGAACCAAAGCUACAAGAAUAAUUUAGAUAUCGCUGAACAGAAAAUGAAAGAAAAUGCAGCAAGGGCUGGAUUCAGUACAGGACCUGCAGCAAAUUUGGGCCCAUUAGGAUCACUAGGCAAUGUUGACUUUGGUACCCUUUUUAGUGACCCAAAUAUAGUCAAUAUGGCCACAACCAUUAUGUCAAAUCCUCAGAUACAGCAAAUAAUGUCCAGCUUCAUGUCUGGCAGUACUCCGGGUUCUGGGAGCCUUGCAAAUCUGUUACAAGCGUCACAACAGAUGGCAUCUCAGAUGCAACAAGCAAAUCCACAGCUUGUCCAGCAACUGAGGGAGCAGAUGAGUAGCCUCAGCCAGUCAGGGAAUAAUAAUAACAGCGGUCUGCCCCCCUUCCCUUCUUCUCCCCCCCCCCCCCCCUCCCCCCACUCAAAAUUGGGUCUCAGAGCUUGCACAUUUACCUAA